GGCUAUCUAUUAACAAGUCAAAAGAUUAAUAAAAUUCAACAAGCAAAAUACUGACAAUAUGAACACCGGUGGUCGGUUAAUCGCCGGUUCUCACAACAGGAAUGAGUUUGUCCUCAUUAAUGCCGAUGAGAAUGCCAGAAUAAGAUCAGUGCAAGAGCUGAGUGGACAGACAUGUCAAAUCUGCAGAGAUGAGAUCGAAUUGACUGUCGAUGGAGAACCUUUUGUGGCGUGUAACGAAUGUGCAUUCCCUGUGUGUAGACCUUGCUAUGAGUAUGAAAGACGAGAAGGCAAUCAAGCUUGUCCACAAUGCAAAACCCGUUUCAAACGUCUUAAAGGAAGUCCAAGGGUUGAAGGUGAUGAAGAGGAAGAUGACAUUGAUGAUUUAGACAAUGAGUUUGAGUACGGGAACAAUGGGAUUGGAUUUGAUCAGGUUUCUGAAGGUAUGUCAAUCUCUCGUCGCAACUCUGGCUUCCCACAAUCUGAUUUGGAUUCAGCUCCACCUGGCUCUCAGAUUCCAUUGCUGACUUAUGGCGACGAGGACGUUGAGAUUUCUUCUGAUAGACAUGCUCUUAUUGUUCCUCCUUCACUUGGUGGUCAUGGCAAUAGAGUUCAUCCGGUUUCUCUUGCUGACCCGACCGUGGCUGCACAUCCAAGGCCUAUGGUACCUCAGAAAGAUCUUGCGGUUUAUGGUUAUGGAAGUGUUGCUUGGAAAGAUCGGAUGGAGGAAUGGAAGAGAAAGCAGAAUGAGAAACUUCAGGUGGUUAGGCAUGAAGGAGAUCCUGAUUUUGAAGAUGGCGAUGAUGCUGAUUUUCCAAUGAUGGAUGAGGGAAGGCAGCCAUUGUCUAGGAAGAUACCAAUCAAAUCGAGCAAGAUAAAUCCCUACCGGAUGUUAAUUGUACUACGUCUUGUGAUUCUUGGUCUCUUCUUUCACUACCGUAUUCUUCACCCCGUCAAAGAUGCAUAUGCCUUGUGGCUUAUUUCUGUUAUAUGUGAGAUAUGGUUUGCGGUUUCAUGGGUUCUUGAUCAGUUCCCUAAAUGGUACCCAAUUGAGCGAGAAACAUACUUAGACCGACUCUCAUUGAGAUAUGAGAAAGAAGGGAAACCAUCGGAACUAUCCCCUGUGGAUGUAUUUGUCAGUACAGUGGAUCCGUUGAAAGAGCCUCCGCUUAUUACUGCAAAUACUGUCUUGUCUAUUCUUGCAGUUGAUUAUCCUGUCGAUAAGGUUGCUUGUUAUGUAUCUGAUGAUGGUGCUGCUAUGCUUACUUUCGAAGCUCUUUCUGAGACCGCGGAAUUCGCAAGGAAAUGGGUUCCUUUCUGUAAGAAAUAUUGUAUCGAGCCUCGUGCUCCCGAAUGGUAUUUCUGCCAUAAAAUGGACUACUUGAAGAAUAAAGUCCAUCCCGCAUUUGUCAGGGAGCGGCGAGCCAUGAAGAGAGAUUAUGAAGAAUUCAAAGUUAAGAUCAAUGCAUUAGUAGCGACAGCACAGAAAGUGCCUGAGGAUGGUUGGACUAUGCAAGACGGUACACCUUGGCCCGGUAAUAGUGUGCGAGAUCAUCCCGGCAUGAUUCAGGUCUUCCUUGGAAGUGACGGUGUUCGUGAUGUCGAAAACAACGAGUUGCCUCGAUUAGUUUAUGUUUCUCGUGAGAAGAGACCUGGAUUUGAUCAUCAUAAGAAGGCCGGAGCUAUGAAUUCCCUGAUACGAGUCUCAGGGGUUCUAUCAAAUGCUCCUUACCUACUGAAUGUCGAUUGUGAUCACUACAUCAACAAUAGCAAAGCUCUUAGAGAAGCAAUGUGUUUCAUGAUGGAUCCUCAGUCAGGAAAGAAAAUCUGUUAUGUUCAAUUCCCUCAAAGAUUCGAUGGGAUUGAUAGACACGAUCGAUACUCAAAUCGCAAUGUUGUGUUCUUUGAUAUCAAUAUGAAAGGUUUGGAUGGGCUACAAGGGCCUAUAUACGUCGGUACAGGUUGUGUUUUCAGGAGGCAAGCGCUUUACGGAUUUGAUGCACCGAAGAAGAAGAAGGCCCCACGUAAGACAUGCAAUUGCUGGCCAAAAUGGUGUCUCCUAUGUUUUGGUUCAAGAAAGAAUCGUAAAGCAAAGACAGUGGCUGCGGAUAAGAAGAAGAAGAAUAGGGAAGCGUCAAAGCAGAUCCACGCAUUAGAAAAUAUCGAAGAGGGCCGCGUCACUAAAGGCUCUAACGUAGAACAGUCAACCGAGGCAAUGCAAAUGAAGUUGGAGAAGAAAUUUGGGCAGUCUCCUGUUUUUGUUGCAUCUGCUCGUAUGGAGAAUGGUGGGAUGGCUAGAAACGCAAGCCCGGCUUGUCUGCUUAAAGAAGCCAUCCAAGUCAUUAGUUGCGGAUAUGAAGAUAAAACUGAAUGGGGGAAAGAGAUUGGGUGGAUCUAUGGUUCUGUUACGGAAGAUAUUCUUACGGGUUUUAAGAUGCAUUCUCAUGGUUGGAGGUUGUCCUACAUUAACUCCGUUGUUUACCCGUGGACUUCUCUCCCCCUCAUCGUGUACUGUUCUCUCCCUGCCAUCUGUCUUCUCACUGGAAAAUUCAUUGUUCCCGAGAUUAGCAACUAUGCGAGUAUCCUCUUCAUGGCGCUCUUCUCGUCGAUUGCAGUAACGGGUUUGCUUGGGAAACAAGAUAGAAUGCCGACCAUUAUUGUCGUCUGGUCGAUCCUCCUCGCCUCGAUUCUUACACUUCUAUGGGUUCGGGUUAAUCCGUUUGUGGCGAAAGGCGGUCCUAUUCUCGAGAUCUGCGGUUUAGACUGCUUGUGAUUUGAUUGACCGAUGGAUGGGUUGGUGAAAAAGGGUAUUGAUCUGAUAGCUUGAGGCAAGAACAAGAAGACCAAGAGGACAGCUCCAAAGUCAGAUGAUGUCUACCCUAAGCUUAAUGUCAAGGUUACAAAUUCAGCAACGAUCUCUGUCCUUUGUUUUUUUCCCUCAUUUGAUAGGUUUUCUGGUAAGUAGAACUCAGAGCAAGUUCAAUGUUGUGAUAUUGAAGAGGCAUUUUAUGAGAAAAUCAACAAAACUUCUCUUU